AUGAACGCCUUGCGUACACUUGCUCGUCCUACUCAACAAUCUGCUAGACUCCUUGGUGCUCAACGCAUGUUCCAUGCUGGCCAACCUCGCUUUACUGGCAAAACUGUUGAAGCAACCAGCGACUCAUUUGCCAAACUUGUCGACAAGGCUGAUCACCCUGUGAUUGUCGACUUUUAUGCCGAAUGGUGUGGUCCUUGCAAGAUGCUUGGUCCUUUGCUUGAAAAGUCUGUCGCUGCUAAUCCCAAGGUCACUCUUGUCAAGCUCAAUGUGGAUGAGGCUAACGAGUUGGCUGCCAAGUUCAAGAUUGCUGCUUUGCCCACAGUGGCUGCUUUCCAAAAUGGUGAAAUCGUCGAUCAAUUCAUUGGUAUGCGUAACGGUGCCCAAGUCGAGCAAUUCGUCAAGCAACACGCUGAACGUGCAUAA